ACAUGUCACUUCCUGGCCCAGCGCAGGUGAUUAGAAAACGUUUUGGAAACUGAAACUGUUGAAAGCCGUGACGAUUUUGGCGAGAUGGCUUGAGAAGAGUCACAGACAGACAGACACAUAAAGAGGAAAAAAAAAAAAACUAGAGCGGGAGAAACCAUGGCCUGUGCGCAAGUGCCACUGGAUGAGCAGCAGGUGACCGAGCCAGGCCCGCUGGGAAAAGAGCAAACACUGCCUGCACUGCACCCUGCCAGGAAGGAGGAGCGCUGUUUUGUGCCUUACAAGUCCCCACCAGAAGAUGGCUCUCCCGCUGAGGUGGAGGAGUUUUUGGAACGUGCCAAAUUCAUCACAGAGGACCUGGAGUGGCUGCUCGCACUGCCCCAUGACAAGUUCUGGUGUCAGGUGGUGUUUGAUGAGUCUCUGCAGCGAUGCCUAGAUUCAUACCUGCAUCUCGCUCCUCGCGGCCUCGACCUCUCCGCCCUGCCCUCCUCCCCAGCGGUGGCCGACAUGCAACGCUCCGUCCACAGGACGGUCUUCUUGACCUUCCUCAGGAUGGCCACACACAAAGAGUCCAAAGAUAACUUCAUCACCCCGGCUGUGUUUGGAGAAAUUAUCUAUGAUAACUUCUUGUUCGAUAUUCCCAAAAUUCUGGAUCUAUGUGUUCUCUUCGGAAAGGGCAACAGCCAGCUGCUGCAUAAGAUGAUAGAGAACAUCUUUACCCAGCAGCCAUCUUACUACAGUGACCUGGAUGAGACGGUGCCCACUGUGUUACAGGUGUUUGACACUAUCCUGGAUAAGUGUGGUCUGUACUGUGAAGGAGCCACAGCUAUGGAGCCGAUGAAGCUGAGCGCACACAAACAGCCCACUGCCAUGACCAUGAGCCAGCAGGAACUUGUAGACCUUAUUCUGUACCUGUGUGACUCAACCACCACCAUCCAUGCCUUCCUGGACAUUUUCCCUGCCGCCUGCUCCGGAUUCCACUCCAACGGUUUCCUCAGCAGACUGACCUCAUUCUAUGAGACCGCUGUGCCUGACCUUGAGAAGGCAUUGAGGAAGAGAAACUUUGAUGAUAAAGGCUUUAGUCUUCAGGAGGAUUUGUGGAAGAGGUUGUCCCACUCCUGUCGCAAGAUGGUGGAGACGGCUCACCUGCUACUGCAUCAUACCUGUUUACAGCCAAUCCUGGAGGGGGGAGAAAACAUGCUGGCAUUUGCAGAGGAGCUCCUUUCACAUUUCACAUCUUUUCUGACUGAGAAAAGGUUCUUGACAGACUAUGAUGAGCAGUUCCCCAUCGCAGACGAUGUCAGCCUCCUACAACAGGCCCUCCCUGUCAUUGAUGAGACCCGGACUUCCUACCUGCUCCAGGGGGUGGAAAGUGCCUGGGACAGUGUUGGGCGACAGAAACCACAGAUUCAGCACAAAGUCCCCUCAGCCGCAGCGGGGGGUGCUGCUGCUGCUUCAGCUGGCUUUGAACUUCAGGAGGCCCGAGAGCCAGGAGGAGGAGGAGAAGGAGAAGAGAGCCUGAGGGGAGCAGAGGCCAUGUUGGAUGUUCCCCGAAUAGGAAACAAUGGUGCGGUGUGUUCAGUGAGCGGGGCAGAGCUGGAGUCUUUGCUCUCAUGUAUCAAGGACCUGCUGCCUGAUUUGGGUGAAGGCUUUCUGCUGGCCUGCCUGCAGGAGUACGACUUCAACUCUGAGCUGGUCAUCAACAACAUCCUGGAGGACCGCUUGGCCCCCAACCUGGACAAACUGGACCGAGCCAUGCCAAGGCCAGUGAAGGAGGAUCUUCCAGAUGUUCUGAAUGUCAGAUCCAACGUGUUUGAUGAUGACGAGUUUGACGUCUUCCGCAGGGACCAGGUGGACAUGUCUCGUAUCUGGAAGGGCAGGAGGAAAGGUGAGGGCGCCCGAGAGAUGCUGAACGACAAGCAGCACAUAGCGGAGCAGAGAGCUCGUUAUCAGGCCUACGAGACGGUGGUGGACGAGGUCAUCAUUGAACCCGGUGAGAGUGCAGCCACCUACGGCCUGGACGACUACGACGACGAGUACGACGACACCUACGACAUGAACCAAGUGGGAGCUAAUGACCUGGAUGGAGACAGCUUACUGAACAGAAGGCCUUUCACGGUCCCACAGGUACUGAGGAAAGCUAACAAACCAGAGGAGGACGAGGAGGGUGAAGAUGAAGAGGAGGAAGAUCCUAUACCGAACAAUGUAAACAGGGACCAGUUUGUGCAGGACCCAGCUCUGCUGAGGGAGAGGGCUGAGGCUAGAAGAGCUACCAUGCAGCAAAGGAAAGGUUUCCGACCAGCGCCACGUCCCAGUAACGUGGUGGGCCAACCUAAAGGCCAAGGACAAACCACAGAGACAUUCCUAGACAGACGCAAAAAGGAGGCAAACAAGAGCCGCGUGUCAAACCACAACCGCCGCUCCAUGGCCGACCGCAAAAGGAACAAAGGCAUGAUCCCCUCCUGACCCGCGUGAUCACGACCUGCUGCUGGAACCAAACAGACUGAUGGUAGGAGGGAGGGACGGCAGGAAGGUGGCUGAGGUGUGGGUCAAUGAAGGGAAAGAAAAACUGGGGAUAGUUGUUAUUCUGGGUUAAAGGUUGUGAAUUUGGUGCCCACAAUUUGUCCCCACAAUCACACCGUAGCACCAAAGUUGCCGUCUUUGCUCAAAAAGAAAGCCAGGGUUUUUAGUUGUUGACUGAUGAAGUUGAGAGGUUGCAUUAGUUUACUCACUUUCUUUGGCAUGGCCAUAUUUUGGCCCUUUGUGAUCAGAAGCUGCCAAGCAGCUUGUUGUUUGAGACUCUGAACAUCUACUUUUAGUGUUUGAGCCUGAAAGACAUUCAGGUCUUUGGCCCAAAUGAUUUAUUUUAUAGCUCAUUAGAAACCAAAGUCCUGAGUGUGAGCCAGAGACUGAGGACAAAGAAUGAGACUUUAUUUUUGCCAAGUAACAAAUCAGUUUAUUAAGAUCCAGAGUGAUCGAUCUUUGACAUCAUCAUCAUCAUGAACUAGACAGCAUAGGAAUAAAAGGAAGCAACAUCCAGCGUUUUGGAGAGACUGCAGUUCGUUCUGUAGCUGGAAGAACAAUUAUUGACACGGUGAACAAGUCUGGACAUCAGUGGCAGACUGUGUUGCUCUUAAUACUCGUCCUGUAUGAGUAGCUCGUGCGACGGCUGCUUGCAUGUAAUGUUUGAGUGCAUGCAUGUGAUGACAUCCACCGAGUUCACACCACUGUUGUCCAGCCUUCGUAAGAACAUAACAAAUAAGUCUAGAAAAAGAAAUCGACACUAUGACCAUCUCAUAAUGAUGCUGUUGUGUUUGUGUUUGGAAGCACGCGCUGUACAGAGAGGCCUCAUGUCUCUCAGACGAGCUGCUGGGAGACCUCCGACAUGUUGCCAUGCACACACUAUUUUCUAUAAAGAGAACAGAUCUAUCGGAGCAUUUUGUAACAAAAAAAGCACAUGUAAAUGCUUUUUGGAGUUGACAUUGCAAAAAAACAUAAAAUAAAUACAAUAAUACUAUGUUUUUGA